GGUCAUUUUGGUUUUGAUGUAUUUGCCUUAUAACGUAGUUAGCACUAGAAGUAUUAGUUCUUGAGAUGCUGCAGACGCAGCCGCUACUGCCAUUUUUUCUCUAGAUGAAAAGACCAAAGUCAAAACAUCAACUACCCACUCGCUAGAAGUCGAACUACCCGCAGCACCUGACAUCAAGCUGCAGAAAAUGCGGUCUCUACCAACUACACUCUUCAUCCGGCUGGCUGCUUUGGCCCAGGUGUGCGAGAGCAGAACAACUACGCCUCAGGUGCCCCAGCAAGUAUUAAGGCUACCGCUGAAGCAUCCUCAGCACCAUCCCUGGCUUCUUUUUCAAGGGGAAAAAGGGCUCACGGAUGGACUCAAGGAUGCGACGUGGUAGCUCUAAAAGUACUAGAAGAAGAGGCACAAGAGGCUCAAACUACAAGGGAACAAGCCUUGAUGGCGGGAGAAGCGCGACACCAUGAAGUAGCAGGGGAAGUGGCAGGGUUUUUACAGCCUCAAACCAGAGCAGACCCAAGCCCAACUAGUCCGUCCAAUGUCGAGAUGGAAGCAUCUACUUCACGUUCACACGUGAGAGGAGCAGGACAAGUUCGUCAUGACAUUCUUGCAAGAACAAGAACAGACAUCGAUGAGAACAACUUGGUAGUUCCGAAGGCUCCUCCAGGUAGUUUACACCUGGGUCCUUCAGUUCCUCCAGCAGUUCCGAAGGCUCCUCCAGGUAGUUUACACCAGGGCCCUGUUCCUCGACCAGGGGUACACCAGGGUCCUCCACCAGCUCUAGACGACCAUGAUACUCGAUACGCUGCUGAAUUGAAUGAGCCUGCAUUUGAUUUGUGGCGCCUGGUGACAGAAAAUUCUCUAGUCUCCUCCAUUAUGGACCAAAUUGUGGAGAACGAAUCAGACUUGGAGAACGAGGAACAAGAAGAACAACAAGUAGAAGAUAGACCUUUACGCGACAGGAGUUUCCUUUUUAGCAUAAAUAUUGAGCAACUUGAGCGUCGCGUUCCAGAUUGGUACCCCGAUCAACGGUUGAUCGGAGGUUAAAAGAGCAUACUUUAUUCUUUUCAUGAAAAGAGACCGACCAAAGUGUUGAGUAACGUGUGACUGUUAUAUUUUGCUGACUCCGACCAAAGUUCUGAGUAACGUGUGACUGUCAGUAGUUAUAUUUUGCUGACUCCGACCAAAGUGUUGAGUAACGUGUGACUGUUAUAUUUUGCUGACUCGUUUCGUUCUUUCUUAGACUAAGAAAGGACGAAAGGGAUGUCUGUUUCUUGAGCUUCAGCCCGGCUGGGUUGUCUGUUUUUAAACUUUAGCUUUCGUCGGGUCUACUUAUAGCCAUACUUCGAAUUCCCAGCAAGCAAUCCAUCGGAAGCUUGACUCAUAUCAGGCAGUCAGGUAGAGUCAUCCUAAGAUGGGAUAGCAUCCCAAAGCAUGCACGGUUUUAAAUUUUCUGCUAUUAAGCACUAGGCACAUAGUAAGUUGUAGUUAGCUCUUCCAGUCAACAGGCAAUGAAUAUCAAUAAUAACAACAACUGAGACCUUGACCUCAAGUGCUUCUGUUUAGUGAUAAUGAGAAUAUUACUUAAAAGGAACCAAGCAAGCGACACCAGC